AUGAUAUCAGAAACCACUUCUAAAAGAGACUUAUCAAAAGAACUACUUGAAAUCUACAAAAAAGGAUGCGACAACUACGAAGAUGAUCAAAUAAUAGAAGUAGAAGUAAACGAAUGGCUCAAAACACAUAAUGAACCACUAUCACAAAUCUUCAAGAUGAUAUUUGAGCGAAGGGACGACGAAACAAACUACAAAACUCUUCUAGCAUUUAUGUAUUGCCUGGGAAUAGGAACGGAAAUUGAUAAAUUUGAAAUGUUUCGAUAUUAUUCGAUUGCUGCGGAACAAGGGGAUCCG